CUAUUUUGUUCCGUAUGUCAAGGCACUACGUAUCUGAUUACCAUCACAAACUUUGUUGCUUCGUGUGAAUACAUGUACAAAGCGUAAAUAGCGCAGGAGCGCAAGUUUUCAUGCGCAGUGGACUCUUCCUCAAUUUCCCUGGUCGAUCGUGGUUUUCCAUUUAGUUUUUCAGCUGAUCACGCUUUCUACAGCCGCAUAGCAGACCGUCCGUGUCGCGGGUCAUGUGCGAAUCUGUCGCAGCGUAGUGAAAUCACUGAGUGAUUGUGUUGUGUAGUUGUUGCAUUAGCUAGUGCCAGUGAAAAUGUUUUCAGGACUCACUAAUCAGGUCAGUUCGUGGAUGGGAGCUGCUAAGGGCGAGCCCCAAGAUGAGGAAGUCCCAACCCCAACGAAGGAAGCCACUGGGGAAGCCUCCGCAGCGACGGCAGAAGGCGAAAAGUUAAGUCCCACAAAAGGAGGCAGUAAGCUGGACCUUAUUACCAAUGUCAAGUCACAGAUGACAGGCUGGCUUGGCUCUGGGAUCCCAAUUCCUGGUCUUAGAAAAAAUGAGCCGGCUCCAGCAGAACCUGAGCCUGCACCGGUGGAACCAGCAGAGGCGGUGGAACCAAGACCUGAGGGGAAAGAUGAUGAUGAUAAUUCUAGGUAUAAUAGCGCCACUGGUGGAGCAGACAGCAGGCCAGCUUCUACUGGCGGCACCCCCACUGAGGAGCAACCUGGAGGCGUUGGGAAAGGUGGCCAGAGUAGAAAAAUGUUUACAGUUGAUGCUAUUGAAGUACCUGAUAUGCAAGAGUUGACAACCAAGGCGGUUGCCGGAGCCAAGUCCCUGGGCAACUUCUUGUACUCCGCCGUGAAUAAGGCUGGAGCUAAAGUGAGCGAGGCCAGCGCCAAGAUCAAGAAGACCGUCGAGGAAAAUAAAAACAAGACUAGCAUCUUGGGCGAGUUCAACCGCGAGCAGGAUGCAUUCAUCAAGGGGCAGGAAGGUCGUGGCAGUGCCGCCGCCGUGCCUCCCUGGGUGGGAGCCCCCAACGAGGCCGCCCUCAAGGAGGAGUGCCUGUCUUUGUCUACUGACCGACGGAACUUUGUGCGCGCUCCUCCCGCUGGUGUCGAGUUUGAUUUCGAUUACGACAAGAUGUACCCAGUGGCUGUGGCUAUCAUGGGUGAGGAUCCCAACCUCGAGAAGAUGCGCUUCGAUCUCGUGCCAAAAGUCAUCACGGAGGAGAACUUCUGGCGGAACUAUUUCUACCGCAUGUCGCUGAUCUGCCAGGCUAACGAGGCGGACGCGGCUGCUGGACGCCAGAGCAGCGCCGAGGACUCCCAGGACGACGAUAAAUCGGCAAGCGACAAUCUGAUAGCCAAUGAAAAAUCGUCACAAGAAUCGAUUGAUGACGUCAAGAAACGAAUAAAAUCAUUGAAAGUCGAUAGAGAAAAUGAAGAUGAACAAUGGGAGAAAGAGCUUGAAGCCGAGCUGAAUGAGUACGAGGUGGUAGCAGACAAAGCCGGGGACGACAAACAAUGGGAGAAGGAAUGUGAAGACCUACUCGGAGACGACAUGGACCUCAAGUAGACCACAGUCUACUGAAAAGACCGGAGUAGACCAUGAACUUAUCAAGCUGCGCAACUCACGAUAGACUGGCCCUCUAACAUAAGAUGAUUAGUUUUUAAUUACAUCGUAUUUUAGUAAGCUUUUUAUAUGUUGUUACGAAUUUUAAUUUUAAUGAUAAAUGAAAAUUUGGGAUGAAUUUACUAUGAAAAUUAAUUUCUUUUGUCAAUAAUAGGGGCCGGUCGUAUGUAAAGUUGUCAAACAGAGCUCAAUUAAAUUCUUAUGACAUUAAAUAAGGGUGCAUUGACCUCACAACGCGGCGCGUGUGUAUAUGCUUGUGAUUCCACUCUUGCGCACGGUGGGCCAUAGAGGCUGUAGGGGUGUCAGAGAUUAGAUAAUGCGUGUCUGAUUAGAUUCAGCUGUUACGUAGAUUGUAGUUAUAUUUACACAAUCCUGAACUUAGUGCAGGAGAUAAUUAAAAAUAUAGAAAAUGUUUUAUCUUGUUUUACUAAUAGCUAUGUGUAACUACUGUUAGCACAGUGCCAAUAUAUAUGCCUAUUUGCACAUGGAGAAAUAUUAAGCAUUGAUCAUCAUAUUGUUUGGAGCAAAUUAUUAAUUUUAUAUAUACUUCUAUUGUGUAUAAGCCUAAGUUCUUCCUUACUGUAUUUUUCUUAACAUACCUUAUGUAGUCUGUAUAAAAGAAAAGUACAUAAAAAGUCUUUACCUAUGUAACAGCGCAAGGUACUGUCUUGCGUAUACUGGACUAGGGCCCAUAUGUGCGAUAUUGUGUUAAUGUACUGACGAUUACCUACUCUGUGCUUUGUCUCUUGAUUUGUGUUUGAAUAGAUGUUUUCUUUCUUUCGCAGUGACAUUGAAAGGCGGUUUACAUAGGGCCCUAAUAUACAAUAUAUUGAAAUAUAAAUAACCGGCAGCUUUCUAACCACCAACGAUAUUUUUAUCAUAUAAAUGUAGUAUCUGUGCAAAGAUAUCAUAUUUCAAGUAAUUACUUUAAUAUGUGACAGGGGAAAUAACAUUAUUAAUAUGUCAUUUGGAUGAAAUUCCUGUGCAGAUAGGAGGAGAUAACGUUUAUUGCAAUAUUAUUAUAUAUGGCUUUAUUGUUUAAUAAGUCACUGAAAUAGAACAAAAAUAUGAUAUAUAUGUAUUAUAUAUGAUAGUGAAGGAUAGACAAUAUCUAUAUAUUAGUGAUAGUAUGUGUGGUAUGGUAUUUACUUGGGCUGCAGUCUUGAUAUUAAUAGAUUUUCAACUUUAUCUUUAAGUAACAAAGUUUAAAAUUCAUUGAUGGAGUUUUGAAAUUUGGAGACAAAAAUGUAUCGAAUUUUAGGCUUGGUCAAAAGUCGGUGUUACAUCUAAUAUAUACACCUCUGUCUAUCCCUUUGGGGAGUAAAGGUCGAGAUGUUAUAUUGUAAAGUAUGGCCCAUUGGAUGCAAGAGUUCAGGCCUAAUGCUUACGUUACAAAUUGUAUCUAAAUUUAAUUCUUAUAAGGGCUAGUUUGCCUUGCCCUGUAAUUUAUGGGUAUGUCAAAUAGCUUUUAGUCUAAUAAAAAAUAUUUCAUCUUUAUAAUGCUAUUAUGCAGUGGGUCUUUGGUAUUUCGAUACUAAGCUGAUGCCAAUAAUAACAAAUAUUGGAUCGACUUCCUAAGUCAGGCAAAGUGAGAAUUAGAAAUCGUCUAUCGAACCACUGAGCGGUCAAUAAUGUGUUGAUUCUAAGACUUUAUAUUUAUAACAUUGUCAAUAUACAAAUGUGUAGUGGAAAAAAUGACUCAAAAAUAUGGUUUUGCAAAAUCAUUCGUGUUUUCUUAAUGUACCGUGAAUUGCUGAUGUAAUAUUUCAGUUUCAUAAUCAUUUCUUAAGUACGUACAAUAAAACCUACUGUGUUAAGACAAAGUUUUCCUCAAUACAAAAUUAAUCUUAAAGAGAAGUAGUUUGGAUAAUCUAUGGAAUAUAAAACUAAUCCGUUUUUUUGUGGACGCACCACAAUAUACGCGAUAUUGUAUUUGUAAACUAGUAGUUUGCCGGUAUUGCACGGAUGCUGUUCGUCGACUGACCCGCGAGUAUUCGCGUUCGUCAAUGUAUAGGUGCUUGGUAUUUUUCUAUAUGAAGAUGCACAGACGGAUCACUUAAUAAUAAGCAAUCGACGCCCGUAACACCAGACGUAUUACAAGUGUGUUACCGGCCUUUUGAGGAUUGGGAAUUUGAGGAUUGUUGGGCAUUCGGAUAAUGGGAAUUACCCCCCGUAAUUGGGCCUCCAGCAAUCUUACUCACAUGACGAAACAACGCAAGUGUUCGGGUCGGAUUUCUGUGAGGCCAUGGUGAUGAUUGGAGGUAUCUCCGGUCAAGCCGGCCCAUUCGUAUUUCAAAAACUACUUUUAAACUGCGCAUUUUCAUUGUUAAUAUAUACAUGUAGAUUACAUUUAUUUUUAAAUUCAAAAUUAUUCCUUAGUAGAUAAAUAAAUUAGGUACCUGUCAUAUUAUCAAAAUUAUUCUUUAAUUAAUAGGUACAUUCACCUACUACCUCCAAAAGCCUGACUGCCAGAUAUAUCUAUGUUUAUUUAACGACUCUGGAAAAGGUUGGAAUUUGUUAUUUUAUUUUAUAUUAAAAGUGCAUUUACAAGGCGCUAGACAAAAAAUAUUGUGCAUUUUGAAUUGUUGCUAAUACUAUUGUGUUAGGCAGUGUUUAUGUUCAUUACUCUUUAACUAUAGGAAAAUUAUAAUACUUACUGCCGAUUUAUCUUAUGACUGCUGUAUUGUGUCACAUACCGUGCAUAAAUAGUUUUUUCAUAACUUUCUUACGUUAUCACGUAUUUAUUAACAGAGCUACACUGUCAAAACUACACUAUAUCUAUCGACAUCUGAUUAAAUGAAAGGUACAAACCACACUGGCUGCACGGAAGCUAAAGAAACCAAGUUUCUGCCACAGAACCGGUUUAAAAACAAUUUAUAUAAAAACUAGACCACUUCAUUUAUUUGCGCCAGUAUUCUGAUACUUGCUUAUUGUUGAUAAAAAGGCAAAAAAGCACCAUAUUUAAAAGUGCGACAAAAAAUACACAAUAUGGCAUUUCAAACGCGGUGAAUCGUUGAAAUGUAGAGUUUAAGCAAUGCAAAAUAUAAAGAAAUCAAAGAGACAUGCUUCGGCACGAAUGGGCAUGUCUCGACCAGGGUUAUGCCACGACCUCACUGAAAACCGGCGUGAAACAACGCUUCCGUUGUGUUUCGCUGUAGAGUGAGUUUACCGGUAGCCUAUCCUUCUCCGAAAAUGCCAAGAAUUCACUUGUAAGUCUUCUCAGUCUGGUGUUUAGGUGUUGCUGAUUGUCACUUAGUCUAUAUACACCUUUAUAUAUAAAAUUCGGGACAAUAUUGCGUAUAUGUCAUAUAUAUAUACCUUUCUCGUGCAAACAAAUCACCCGCUUCUCUUAUAAAAUGGUAGGUAAGGUAGGCCUAAUCACAUCUUGAUUUGAUACAAGUAAAAUUUUCAAAACGAUUAGGCAGUAAAUUAUUAUAAUAUAUAUAAAAUACCCAUCAUAAAAGUAGCAAUAAACGAUAACAGCGCCAUUGUUUCCUCAAACACUCGCACUUAUAUAAGAUUUGCUAAUAAUUCUGUAACAAUUUUUAUAUGCAAUAAAUUAUAACUAAUGCUAUAAUAAAAUGAUAACUUCAACGACUGCAUCACGUGAAUCAAUAAUUGAGGAAAAUUCGUCCUUUCAGCGUGCCAGUAGACAUUCACGGUCAUUGAUAAAAAUGUGAAAGAUUUUGUAUUAAUCUCUACUUAGUAAACACAUUGUGUCUCACGUAGAUCCACGAUCCAGCAUGCCACGGGUUUACCUUAUAUACAAUUAUAGAUGUAUAACAAAAACUGUAAAAUAGGACAAAUAGUGCACAGUUUGUCACAUAAUAUAACUAUAUUAAAAGCUCUAGAUUUCUAAAAUAAAUAUUUAUCUGUCUUUGUUAAACAGCUUGCCCAAAUGUGAGAUAUUUGUCACUUACUUGACACUUGUUUUACCAAAGUAAUGAAUGACAAACAAAUUGACAAUGUCAUUAAAUUGUAUGUAGAUAUAAAUGUAAAGUUAUGUCGUGUUCGUUAUAUCUAUUGUAAACAUUCCUAUUUAAUUGAAAUUAAAAUGAGUGUUCAUCUCGA